UAAUGAUCUAAGAGAUUACAAAUUUCUCAAUACCAGAGAGUCCAAGUUGCAUGGAUAUAUCAAAAGAGUUUUUGGCGAUUGGCACUUUGGAUGAAAAUGUAUUUCUCUACUCUCAACCAUUUCAAUCCAAAUCGAAUGAAACCAUAUUGCAAAAUCAUCUUUUUGGAGUCAUAGACUUAUCAAUCAAUGCUGACGAAACCUAAAGUACUUAAUUACGAUAAUAAAAAUAUCAGUUGUGGUCUCAUCAUUAGAUAAUUAUCUUAGAAUCUGGGAUAUCGAUGAUAAGAAGCUAAUAUCUGAAAUAUAAUGUGAUGCCUUUGCCAAUUGGAAAGUCAGAUUUUAUGAUUCAUCAAUAGUUGUGACUUCUGGGGAAAUGGGAAUCAUUAACUUUUAUCAUGUUGAUACCAAAGAGAGAAUUAAAAAAAUAGAAACAGAUCCAAUUUAUUAUUCAUGUUCACUUUAGAUUCAUGAUUAAUUAUUAGCAGUUGGGAAUGAAGGUGGGUUUCUAUAUUUGAUUGAUUAAAACUCCUAAAAGAAGUCAAUCAAACCUCAUUCAAAGCCAAUUAAGACUUUACUAUUUAUGGAUAAUAAUAAAAUUCUUACAGGAUCAGAAGAUGGAUUAAUAAAACUCAUAGAUUUAGAGAAAUUUGAAAUCAUUUAAUAAUUUAGAGGUCAUAAAUAUGGUGUUAUGGAUUUCUGUAAAAUCAAUGAGAAAGUAUGAAAAUUCAAGAUUAUUCAGUCUUUUGUCAGUUGCUCUACAGAUAGAACAAUACGAGUAUGGGAUGUUAAUCAAAUAUACUCUCAGAAACAUAUACAGUCAAUGAAUGACAAACCAGGAGUUAUUAGUGGUAUUCGAUAUAAGAAUGACCAAAUCAUAGCUGCUCAUGAUUGUGGCAUAAUAAGUUUUUAUGCUAUAUGAU